UCAGUGUUUCCGUCCACGAUGCCGAUCGACAUGGCUCUACCUCUGUUCCUGUCCAAGGAGGAGUUCCUCUACCGGGGGUCUACUACAGCGUGUCCUCCGUCCCUGAACCCCUGCCUGAGGUUCGAUCCUCCGCCCCCCGUGGACCAGCCGGAGGCUGAGGACGCCCUCCCGUCCUCCACCAAGGAUGACAUGACAACCAAGAACCUGGCCAAGAAGCAGGUGACGUUCGCCGACCACCGCGGCCUGUCCCUGACCCGAGUGAAGCUCUUCUCUCCGCUGGACGACCCCAUCGUUAUUCCCCAGAGCGUGCAGUCGAUGCUGUGCUCCGCCGUGUCCCUGGCCGCCCAGCAGGACAGCGCCCUGGCGCUGGACUUCGCCCAGCCGUCCUCCGACUACCUGGUCUUCCGCCAGCGCCUGGAGGCGGACCACGUGUGCCUGGAGCACUGCGUGCUGAAGGAGAAGGUGCUGGCCGGGACCGUCAAAGUCCGGAACGUGUCCUUCGAGAAGCGCGUGACGCUGCGCCUGACGUCCGACGGCUGGCAGAGCCACGCCGACCUGGACUGCGAGUACAUGAAGGACGCGUAUCCCAGCAUGCACAGCGACACCUUCGCCUUCAGCGUGGCGCUGCCCGAGCGGCUGGCGCCGCACCAGCGCGUGGAGUUCGCGGUCUGCUACGCCGUGGGGGGGCGGGAGUACUGGGACAGCAACCAGGGGGACAACUACUGCAUCGUCUGGGCCUCGGCCAAGACCGGCCGCCCCCCCGCCCCCCCCGCCGAUUUUGGGAUUCAUCUGGAGCGGUACGGCAGCCCCACCUGCUCGCACGGGCUCUUCCCCGAUUGGCCGAGCUACGCGGGUUACGAGAACACCGGCCCGUACUACUGAACCGGGACCGGGGUCUCACAACAGCGUGCACAGU